AUGGUAAUUGUGCUUUCUGCUUGUUCUCAAAUUACGUCUUUGGAGAAAGGAGAGCAGGUUCACAACUACAUCAAGGCGGGUGAGUUUGAGCUUAGUUUACCUCUUGCUACUGCAUUAGUUGAUUUGUAUGCAAAAUGUGGACAGCUCAGAAAAGCAAGAGAGAUAUUUGACUCGCCAAGACAAAAAGAUGAAAUUUGUUGGAAUGUGAUGAUAUCUGGCUAUGGAAUGCAUGGAGAUGCCAAAUCUGCUAUAGAAAUUUUCCAACAGAUGGAGCAGUCAAAUGUCAGACCUAAUGAACUUACUUUUCUUGCUGUUCUCUCUGCGUGUAGUCAUGCAGGGCUUGUCGAAGAAGGGAAGUCUAUGUUUAGUAAAAUGGGAGAUUAUUUUCUAAGACCCUCAUUGAAACACUACACUUGCAUGGUAGAUCUUCUUAGUCGGUCAGGCAAUCUGCAAGAGGCUGAAGCUUUGGUUUUGUCAAUGCCCAUUGCUGCCGAUGGGGGUUUAUGGGGUGCUUUGUUAGGUGCUUGUAAAAUUCACAAUGAUCCUGAGAUGGGCAUAAGAAUAGCAAAACAUGCUAUCGAAUCUGAACCAGAAAAUGAUGGGUACUAUAUACUGAUUUCCAACCUUUAUAGUUCUACAGGGAGGUGGGAAGAGGCAGAAAGGUUUACCGUCAAAGUUAAGAUCCACCUUCGUUUGUACUUGACUGCUAUAUUUGAUGGCAUUGUUGCAAAUGGAUUUUUUGUGUCAAAAAUCCUCCUAUUGGGGUCCUGA